AUGGCAUUACCAUCAUCUCAAUUAUGCUUAGUUUUGCUAUUGCUUCCAAUAAUAUGUUCAUCAGCAGUUCAUCCCAGAAAACUAACUAGAUUAACAAAAUUUUACGACGCACAAAAAUUCGCUGCAAGCGAAUUCUCUGAUUAUCAUCUACCAGCAGAGUAUGAAAUAAAUUACUAUCCUCAGACACUGGAUCAUUUCAACUAUAAACCAGAGAGUUAUGCAACAUUUCAACAGAGAUAUAUAUUGAAUUUUAAGUACUGGGGUGGAGCUAAUUCUAGCUCACCGAUUUUCGUUUGGACCGGAGAAGAAUCUGAUUUAGUUUAUGAUGUUGAGACUUCCAUUGUUGAUCUUGCUUCUCGCUUCAAGGGUUUGUUAUUGUAUAUUGAGCAUCGUUACUAUGGAGAAUCAAUGCCUUUCGGAUCAGAGGACGAAGCAUUCCGAAACUCAACGACACUCGGUUACUUAAGCUCGGAACAAGCUCUAGCAGAUUACGCACAAAUAAUAACAGAUGUUAAGAAAAAUCUCUCAGCACAAAAUUCCCCAGCAAUUGCGGUUGGAGCAUCUUAUGGUGGAAUGCUUGCUGCUUGGUUUCGUCUAAAAUAUCCACACAUUGUGAUUGGUUCAUUGGCUUCAUCUUCACCCAUACUCUACUUUGAUGAUAUCGUACCGCAAAAUGGGUAUCAUGUUGUUGUUACUAAGGAUUUCAGAGAUACUAGUGAGAGUUGUUACAAUUAUAUAAAGGAAUCUUGGUACGAGAUUGAUAGAAUUGCAGCUGAACCAAAUGGGCUCAUGGCACUUAGCAAUAAGUUCAAUACUUGCAGCCCUGUAAACUCGUCGGCAGAGCUAAAGGAUUACUUGGAGAUCACGUAUAUUAGCUCAGCUCAGUACGACAAUCCUCCUUAUAACCCGGUCCAGAAUACUUGCCGUGGCAUCGACGGAGCUCCGGCAGGAACCUAUAUCCUUGACAGAAUUGUUGCCGGUCUCCAUGCCCGACGUUCUGGACCGUAUUCAUGUCUUCAUGUAUUUUCACCUAAUGAACUAUAUAACGGGAGUGCUUGGGAUUGGCAGACGUGUAGUGAGAUGGUGUUUCCAAUUGGAUAUAGUUACAAUGAGACAAUGUUCCAAUCAAAUCCAUUUGACAUAAACAAAUACACCACCAACUGCCUACAAACUUUUGGUAUUAAGCCAAAACCUAAUUGGAUCACUACUCAAUUUGGUGGUCAUGACAUAAAAACUGUUCUCGGAACUUUCGCAAGCAACAUUAUUUUCGCCAAUGGACUACGCGACCCAUGGAGUUCAGGAGGAGUUCUAGAGGAUAUAUCGGACAGUGUUGUGGCAAUAUAUACAAAAUAUGGAGCCCAUUGCGCGGAUUUAUACACUCCAACAUCAGAUGAUCCUGAUUGGUUGAUCGAGCAGCGAUACAAAGAGAUCAAGAUUAUUGGAGCUUGGAUUGCGGAGUACUAUGCCAAACUUGCAAUUAAGUAGCACUUUCUAAAAUAAUCGCCAUUUAUACCCUUCUUUAGAUUAAAGUGGCUAAAAUUGCAUCAAACAAUGCUGUGAAAUUUUACAAUUAUGUAGUAAGGAUUUAAUAACAUGAGGCUGUUGUGAAA